CUCGUCUUCGGGCUUUGUCGUUCACCUCCGUAGCUAGUUGUUGCUCGUCUGAGGUCUGAGCAAUGAUUGACAAUAAUGGCGACGCGUUUAUUCUGAGUUGACUCCAGGGAACCAUCUCUGGCUGAAAAAGGGAACAUCUUGGAUGGAUUUUUAGCACCAUACACAACAACAACAAGGAUAAGCAGCGACCAAACGGACUACAUUUACCUCAACGAAAAGGACUUGCUAGCCAGGAGAGGUUUUGUCUUGCUAGCAUUGCGAUAGCAUAGCAACUCAGCUCGCUAGCUUGCUAAGUUGGAGAGGUGGCAUUCUGGUGUGUGGAGUGGAGGAGAGACAUAGCCAGCUUGCUGGGUACUCAUAUCUGUCUAAGCUAGCAAUGUUGCUUCUCAAUAGGCUGUUGGGGUGAUUCGUGUCUUAUUCUCAGAGGCAAACAGAGGAGCUUGCAAUUAACGUUAGCUGUUGGGAAUAGUUUUGUGAGACAGACUCCUUAGUUAGCUAACUUAGCUACUAAGCUAACAGGCUAGCUUUAGGAAUUGUUCCAGUCUCUUUCCUGUUAGGACCUGCUCGCACUUGCAGUUGGAAACUGUCCACCGAUCGCUAGCAAACACUGCUAGCUUGCAAACUUGUUAGAAACAGUUGUGGUACUGCGCGUCCUUUUUUGAAAAUGACUACCGGCAGGAAUAACCGAGCGAUGAUGGAGGGAGUUGGGGCGAGAGUGGUCCGCGGACCCGACUGGAAGUGGGGGAAGCAGGAUGGUGGAGAGGGACAUGUUGGCACCGUCAGGAGUUUUGAAAGUCCAGAGGAGGUGGUUGUUGUCUGGGAUAACGGGACGGCUGCUAACUACCGCUGCUCUGGGGCUUACGACGUGAGGAUAUUAGACAGUGCUCCAACAGGCAUCAAGCAUGAUGGAACCAUGUGUGACACCUGCCGUCAACAGCCCAUCAUUGGUAUUCGCUGGAAAUGUGCUGAGUGCACCAAUUACGACCUUUGCACAACCUGUUACCAUGGAGACAAGCAUCACCUGAGACACCGGUUCUACAGGAUCACCACCCCAGGCAGUGAGAGAGUACUUUUGGAGUCGCGUCGAAAGUCAAAGAAAAUCACAGCCAGAGGGAUUUUCACCGGUGGCCGAGUGGUGAGAGGAGUGGACUGGCAGUGGGAAGACCAGGAUGGAGGCAACGGAAGGAGAGGAAAGGUGACGGAGAUCCAGGACUGGAGCGCCGCCAGCCCGCACAGCGCCGCCUACGUUCUGUGGGACAAUGGGGCCAAGAACCUGUACAGAGUUGGCUUUGAGGGAAUGUCGGAUUUGAAAUGCGUCCAGGAUGCCAAAGGCGGCUCUUUCUACAGAGACCACUGCCCCGUUUUAGGUGAGCAGAAUGGCAACAGAAAUCCAGGCGGUCUGCAGAUUGGAGAUUUGGUCAACAUCGACUUAGACCUGGAGAUUGUUCAGUCCCUGCAACACGGCCACGGAGGAUGGACCGACGGCAUGUUCGAGACACUCACCACCACCGGCACCGUCUGUGGCAUCGAUGAAGACCACGAUAUCGUCGUUCAGUACCCCAGUGGGAACAGGUGGACAUUCAACCCAGCAGUGCUGACAAAGGCCAAUGUGGUGCGCAGCGGCGAUGUAGCAGCCGGGGCGGAGGGGGGCACCUCCCAGUUCCUAGUGGGAGACCUAGUGCAGAUCUGCUACGACAUCGACCGCAUCAAGCUGCUGCAGAGAGGCCACGGAGAGUGGGCUGAGGCCAUGCUCCCUACCCUCGGCAAGGUGGGCCGUGUGCAGCAGAUCUACUCCGACAGUGACCUGAAGGUUGAGGUUUGUGGGACUUCUUGGACGUACAAUCCCGCCGCCGUCACCAAGAUCGCCCCCUCCGGCUCUGCUGUCAGCAACGCCUCUGGAGAGCGCCUGUCUCAGUUGCUGAAGAAACUUUUUGAGACACAGGAGUCCGGAGACAUCAACGAGGAGCUGGUCAAGGCAGCAGCCAAUGGUGACUUAGCCAAGGUGGAGGACAUCCUUAAGAGACCCGAAGUGGACGUGAACGGGCAGUGUGCGGGACACACUGCGAUGCAGGCAGCCAGUCAGAACGGGCACGUGGAUGUGCUGAAGCUGCUGCUCAAACACAACGUUGACCUGGAAGCUGAGGACAAAGAUGGAGACCGGGCAGUGCACCACGCAGCCUUUGGUGAUGAGGGCUCUGUCAUUGAGGUGCUGCAGAGGGGCGGUGCUGACCUGAAUGCCAGGAACAAGCGAAGGCAGACACCGUUACACAUAGCCGUCAACAAGGGACACCUGCAGGUGGUCAAAACCCUGCUGGACUUUGGCUGCCACCCGAGCCUUCAGGAUUCAGAGGGGGACACACCCCUGCACGAUGCCAUAAGCAAGAAGAGAGAUGACAUGCUGUCUGUGCUGCUGGAGGCUGGGGCCGACGUCACCAUCACCAACAAUAACGGCUUCAAUGCUCUGCAUCACGCUGCACUUCGAGGAAACCCCAGUGCCAUGCGUGUGCUGCUAUCUAAACUGCCGAGGCCUUGGAUCGUAGACGAGAAGAAGGACGACGGUUACACCGCACUGCACCUGGCUGCCCUCAACAACCAUGUGGAGGUGGCUGAGCUGUUGGUGCACCAGGGAAGUGCCAGCUUAGACAUCCAGAAUGUCAACCAGCAGACAGCCUUACACCUGGCAGUGGAGCGUCAACACACCCAGAUUGUCCGGCUGCUGGUGCGUGCAGAGGCCAAGCUUGAUGUGCAGGACAAGGACGGGGACACACCACUUCACGAGGCACUGCGUCACCACACACUGUCUCAACUGCGACAACUCCAGGAUAUGCAAGAUGUCAGCAAAGUGGAGCCCUGGGAACCUUCCAAGAACACAUUAAUCAUGGGCCUGGGCACCCAGGGAGCGGAGAAGAAGAGCGCAGCAUCCAUCGCCUGCUUCCUGGCAGCCAACGGAGCAGACCUGACCAUUCGUAACAAGAAGGGCCAGUCCCCUCUGGACCUGUGUCCAGACCCCAGCCUCUGCAAAGCUCUGGCCAAAUGUCACAAAGAGAAGAGCAGUGGCCAGGUGGGCACCCGCAGCCCGUCUCAGAACAGCAACAUCGAGACGCUCGAUGAGUGUAUGGUGUGUUCAGACCUGAAGAGAGACACUCUGUUCGGGCCCUGCGGACACAUCGCCACAUGCUCCUUGUGCUCGCCUCGGGUCAAAAAGUGUCUCAUCUGCAAGGAUCAGGUCCAGUCGAGAACUAAGGUAUCAGAACGACUAUCACCAGUCCAAGGAAUUGAUACACCAUCUAGGGCGGAUACUUUUUACCGUUUCUUUGGUGAAUUUGUCCCUCCACAGAUUGAAGAGUGCGUAGUGUGCUCUGACAAAAAAGCAGCCGUAUUGUUCCAGCCCUGCGGUCACAUGUGCGCUUGUGAGAAUUGUGCCAGCCUCAUGAAGAAGUGCGUACAGUGCCGGGCUGUUGUAGAACGCCGCACCCCUUUCGUUCUGUGCUGUGGUGGGAAAGGUAUGGAGGAUGAUGCCGCUGAUGAUGAUGAUGAUGAUGAUGAUGAUGAUGAAAAUGAUGAUGAUGAUGAUGAUGAUGAUGACCUUACAGGGAGCUCUAACUCUAUGGCAGGGGGAUCGCAGGAUCUUGUCCAGCCCAACAAUCUGGCUCUAAGUUGGUCCAGCGGAAACAUCCCCGCCUUGCAGAGAGACAAGGACAACACCAACGUCAACGCCGACGUACAGAAGCUACAGCAGCAGCUGCAAGACAUCAAGGAGCAGACGAUGUGUCCGGUGUGUCUGGACCGGCUGAAGAACAUGAUCUUCAUGUGCGGCCACGGCACCUGCCAGCUGUGUGGGGACCGGAUGAGCGAGUGCCCCAUCUGCCGCAAGGCCAUCGAGCGACGCAUCCUUCUUUACUAGACCCCCCCACCCCAACACCCUCACCCCCCACAGACUUUUUUUCUCUUCUCUUAAAGCUCACAGCGUCCACGCCCGCAAAGCCACAAUCACACCAGCUGCUGCCGCUGCUCCGCCAUCCACACAGCACCGGGUCAGCCAGCUAAGGGCGUCCUCAAAUGUCUUAUUGGACACAGCAAAUGCUCUCUUAAUGGUUUGAUUGUCUUCAGAUGGAAUUUCUGUUACAAGGAAAAAAAAUACAGAUUGACUCUCAUCAGUUUUUGCUGUUCUGUCGUGUGUCCGCACUGCAACAAGGAAGAUGCUUGCUCUCGGUUUUUUUCUAUACCUAUCUUUCCCCCUUCUCGUUCUUUUUUCUGUGUCAUUUUCUCAGUUUUUACUUGAAAGUUAUUUUUCUCUCCUUUAGUCUAUGUUGGCUUCUUUGGCCUCUUAGUCCUGGAUAUGAACUGUUUCUGGAACAGCUCUGAGCAAAUUCGUCAGUGUAGAGGAGGUGAUGCAGAGGUCAGCUUGUUACCUUUGAUGUAAAGUCUCACGCAUCUGUCCCAGUCAUUGCCAGCUGCCCUCGACUUUUAUUGUAUUUUUAAAUCUUUAUGCACGUGUAUUGGUAUCGGAAGCUCCAGAUGUGGAUUUUAAGUACUUAAUUUUUCACAACAGUAUGGCAAGUUUUUUUUUUACACAUUACUAUUUGCUCCACUUUAAGGUUCAGUGAGUGUUUUCGCUUCAUGUCUGUGUUCAGUUUGGCUGUUGUGACACGCUGUAGGCCGACUGUCCUCGCAGUUAAAGACCAGUCGUGGCAGUUUUGCUCAAGAAAAGCUGAGUCAGGGUAAAAGCUCUUUGCUGCACUGACUCUAGAGGUCCUCUUCUGCUCAGUGUUAAAACACAGGUAGAGUAACUGCUAGGGAGCACACCACACCUGUACUUUGUUUACAGAGGUGUACCAAGACGGACCGCUGCGGUGUAAACACACACACACACACACACACACACACACACACACACACACACACACACACACACACACACACACACAGAGCUUCUGUCCAGUGAUCUGCCCCUGUUGUACGUGUUUGUUGUACACACAGCUCCACACGGUGCAAACACUGCUCUAUCUCGUCACAACUUGAUGUUAAACUGUUAAGACUUGGCGGUAUUGUCUGACAAAAAAUGCACAAUUCAACGAGCAUUGCUAAUUUACCAUUGACGACUCUGUGCCAUUUGCUUCCAAAAAUCUUAAAGUACUUGUAUGGGGAUAAGGUGCUCUUUAUCUUGUAUUAUGUUUUUAAUUUAAGUGUAUUUCCUUGAUCUCAAAUGGACAUUUAUUAAGCUAGAGAGUGCAAUCUAUUAGAACACUAAGAUGAAAAUAUAGAAUAAAUUAUUUUGUAUUGUUGCCCAAAAAGAUAGGAUUUAUAGGUUUCUCUGCCUUCCUAAUAUGUAGCCUCAAAACCUCUCUAACAUUCUGCUUUGAUAUUAAUGUUGAGACACAUUUUUGAUGUUUUUUCUGUUUGCUUUUUGUUGGCAAUAGCUUUCUAGCAAUCAUCCGUAGAAGCAUUUUUCUCUAAAAUAGGUCUCUGUAAGCCUAUCUCGUUCUUUGUGAAACAGAAAAAAAGACAUUUUGUUGUCAAAAGUGUCAAGUAUCUUUUCACCAGUGUUUUAUUUGGGAGGAAAGCUAAUGAUUUUUUAAAGACAGAACUUGCCUUACCUCUUUUAAAAGGCAGUUGCCCAUGUGGAGACUCAGCAAGAUUGCUAGCUUGCUCCGCUAUGUGGGAAUUUGCAAACGCAUACAAGCAUUUCCCCCCCCCCCUCUUUUACGACUGAAAGUUACUUUUUUGAGGACAGUUUUGAUUCCUUUCAUUUUUCAUGAUAACACUUUAAGCUAGAAGCACUAAUACGCUUUAUGGUAGUGUUGUCUUGUUAUGGUUGUUAUGAAAAAGCCUAUUUUGUACUUUAUUUUCAAUACCUGUAACUGUCCUGUUGAUUAUGUAUCAGUAGUAUUUCCUUUGGCAUGAAUGUUUGACAUAUGCAGUACGACAUGUAUCAUGGAAACCGUUCAGUCUGUAUUGCUAAUUAAGUGCUUUUAAAAACAAUCAUAUAGCUGAAAUAAAGUUCUACAUGAACCACGGGACAUUAUAAGGGCUGUUUGUUUCUCUAGCUUCUACCGCUUUGUCAUUCGCUUGUUUUUUCUUUUCUUUCCACGUCGAGCUCAGAUGUAGUUAGCUUUUUUAUAAGCAGCACAUUAGCAUUUUGUAGCUUUUCUCCUGCUGUGCAGCGUCUGCCUCACAGAGGAGACAGGGUGGCAGAGAUGGGAGGUGUGAGGUAAUUGAAAAUACUAACACCUAAUAAUGACCCAGCACCAGCGUGUGAUAGGUCAGCUAUGCUAAUCAAAGAGGAGUUAAAGAAAACCCCAGGAAAGAUGAGAAACACCCAAAUAGAGCAAUGCAUCUUCUCCAGUGAGCGGUGACAACCCCCCUCUCAUCUCAAGAAAUUAUGACCAAAGGCCGCUUAUGUUCUCGCUCACUGACUAGUCCAUUCAUAACCUGGACAUCUUUGGGCCGGCUCACGUGCAGCAGCAGUUUGCAACCGCUCAUAACAAGACAUCCAUCAUGCUGUCCCCCUCUCGCUCCAUCAGUGACUGCAGGGGAGACUCUGACACCUUUUUAUUUCUUCUCAGAUCUCUGCGACUUGGCACACUCGGCUGUGGUCUGGUGUUAUGUCUAUGGUGUCAUUUUAAAGUCAAGUACCUGUCUUUAAAACAAUGGGUUUACCUGUUAAAGUGAUAGACAGGGAAGUGAACGGCAGCCGCUGCUGGCUUCUUUGUGACCAAUCUGGACAGCAGUAGCUUACACGUUUCAAAUUUCACACAUAUUAUUACUACAGCAUUCAAUGAUAUACUGUUUUUGGUUUGUUUGAUAUAAGAUUGCCUAAUUUUACCAAUUUGUUAAAUAUGUGUGCUUAACUGUUGGAAAUGUCCAUGUUUUUGUUUAAUAGCUAAACCUAUUUACAUGGACCUCCAUUACUCACUACUUAACACUUCAAAUCUGUUUCAGUUUUAUUUCAAAGUUUGCUUUUUAUUUUGAAUGAGGUCAUGAACCUUUCUUGGUGUAGAAAGUAAGAAGCCAAGUGUUAAAUGUGUCGUGAGACAAUAAUCCUUAUAUUUGGACCAACUUCAAAUCUUGAAAAAUUGGGUAUACUUUUGUUCAGGUCAAUGCUUUUACACUGAUUUCAAAUUUAAUGUACACUUGACUGAAAUGCAAUUCAAAAUGUAUGUUCAACAUCAACCGACAAAUAAACCUAACAUGCUGUUUGCAAUUUA